AAGAAAGGGUUUUGUAGAGGGAGAGAGAAUUUCCAAAUCCAAACUCCAAUUAUUACUAAAAAAUAACAACUUUUUGGUAACGCGAAUCGGAGGGCUCAGCGAGUCACCACCUGAGUCAGUGCCGGCAGAUCUGAGAUGGAGGGAGUUGGGGCCCGACUCGGGCGAUCCUCAACCCGGUACGGACCGGCCACUGUGUUCACUGGACCGGUGAGGAAGUGGAAGAAGAAAUGGGUUCACGUUUCGCCCUCCACUGCUUCCUCUAAUUCUAACACCAAUCACAAUCACAAUCACAGUCACAAUCACACUUCUAACGGUAAUAACGGUUCCCAUCUUGUUCUUUACAAAUGGACCCCUAUAACCCAAAGCCAGAACACCAACGCCAACAACACCAACGGUAAUGGUAACACUAAGGACGCUGCGGCUGCGGAACCACCACCACCAACGGAAGAGCCACCUCGGAGGAAAUUCAAAUAUGUUCCGGUUGCUUUACUAGAGGAGCAGAGAAAUGAGGCUGCAGAAAAUGAGGGUGCUGAGAAGGUUGAAGAUGAAUCUAAACCUAUGGAUGCUGAUGCAAGUGCAGCUGAACCAACUCACAAGAAUGAGACUUUGGAUGAAAAACCUGACAUAAAUGAUGUUCCGAUGGAAGAAAGUCAGGUGAACUUUUCUCAGGACAAAAAUCAAGUAGUACGUCAAGAUUUAAAUGAAAGUACAUUGGAUUUAAGUUUGGGCUUGACAUCACAUGAUGACGAACAUGAUUCUGAUUCGAAAACUAAUCAAACAAGAGAUGGCCAGUGACGCAAGGUGAACUAAGUGUUACUGGUAUAUGAACAGGGGCCUCAUGAUUCUCUUUGGACAGUGAGAACAUAAAUGCUUCGGUCUAUACAUUUGUCUGAUGAAAGGGAACGCCCACUGGUUAAUUUAGGUUGGAUUAUUGUGACGGCAUAUGCCAAAAGUAUUGAUUUUUCUAUUAUUAUUAUUAUUAUUAUUCAAGUGUCCUUGCUGGACUGAAUUGUAAUUUGUAAUAUGUAUUGCGGGAACAAAAAAUAUACCUUUUCCCAUCCUUGGACAGAUUUUGCCCCCCUGAUAUUUAUUGAGAUAGGACAUCCUGGACUUAGAAGCUGGAGCUAAAAUGAAUAUUUUUUUUUCUUGUUUAAUUCAAACAACAUUCUUGAUG